GCGGUGGAGAGCGGGAGGGGGCGAGUGCGGCAGGGCGUGCGCGGCAUGGCUUGAAGGAGCCGCGCUCCGGCCGCAGCAGCGCGGGGCAGACGGCGAGCAGGGCGCCCCACAGACCAGCCGGGGACCGGGAGGGGGCUUGUCCUGCCCCCGGCUCCCUCCCUACCACGGGCAGGUGAAAACAGGGAGAAGAGCAGGCACAACACGAUCAGCUAAUACAACAUGGACCAUCACACCACAGUUUGAAAACUGCUGGUCACAUUUGACCUGAGGAAAUACUUACUGGGAAGGAAGAUAUACUAGAGCCUCCAUAUUCUAUUUAUAUCAGAUUUGACUCCAGGAGAAACAUGGGCAAUUUCAAAGGCCAUGCCCUCCCUGGGAGCUUUUUCCUCCUCUUUGGCUUGUGGUGGUCAGUGAAGUACCCACUAAAGUACGUAUGCCGAAAGAACAAGAAUGCUUGCUACCUUGGUUCCAGGGCAGGAUUUCAGCGCCUGGAAUUCAUUGAGGGGAUCAUCAAAGCAGUGUUUGCCCUGAUUGGUAUGAUUGCGGAGCAGUUUGUUCCUGAUGGACCUCAUUUGAAGUUGUAUAAUUAUGAAGAAAACCACUGGGAUCACUUGUUGAACUGGCAGCAUGCCACCAUGUAUCUAUUCUAUUGCAUCUCAGGGCUGGUUGAUAUUGUAGCUUAUGGAACGAAUGCAUUGCCAGUGGCCAUGGAUAGGAUGAUGCUUUCAUUAGCUGUUUUUGUGGAAGGUUUCCUCUUUUAUUACCACAUACAUGGAAGAGCCAUGUUGGAUCUUCAUGUUCAUCAGUUACUAUUAGUGGCUAUCUUUGGUGCAGCUAUUUGCAUAUUUCUGGAAGUCUUUUUCCGCGGUAGCAUUGUACUAGAGAUGCUCCGUACAAGUCUGUGCAUACUGCAGGGCAGCUGGUUCUGGCAGAUUGGCUUUGUACUGUAUCCUCCAAAUGGAAGCCCAGAAUGGAACCAAAUGGAUCACAAUAAUAUGAUGUUCUUGACGAUGUGCUAUUGCUGGCAUUAUGCCUUUGCUUUUCUUAUACUUGCAGUGAACUACACCAUUGUCAGCUGGAGAGUUCGUUCAAAGAUUAAGCAGACUCAGUCUGUGGAGAUGGGAUUACUGAAAACAGCUGAGCGAGAUCAGGAAUCAGAAGAUGAAAUCUAGUAUAAAUUCUGUUUUACCAGUUUGCUGCCUUGAGUAUAUUAGGUUCAUUGUUACCUCAUUCCUAGAUGUGUUUACCACCUUGUUCAUUUCUUAUAUCACUCACUAUGCAAAAAGCAUCCUUUGAGUACUGUAUAGUUCUACUGGAUUGCAUUCUUGUCUGCAGAGAGGAAGUAAUUUGUGGAAUUUUUGUUAGUACCUUAUUUCUCACGUGCUUCAGUAAAAAAAUAUUUUCUUGUUAUCCAAAUUUAUAUUGGAUUGGGUGAUUACUGUAAAUCAGUCAGUUCAAACUCAUUAGUUGCUGAGUGAUGUUCUGCUGCUGCUGUUGGAGAAGCUAAUAGAUUUCCAUGUAUUAAGAUCCCCAAAAAGCUAUUUUGUCUGAAUUGUGCAUAAAAGAACAGUGUAGAUCCUAAAAAGAAUGGAAAAAGCACAAGCAUACAAAUUGGUAGAAAAGUCUUACAUUUACAUUGUUGAAUAUAUCAAAGAAUGUCAUUGCUCAUUAGAUAAUUAGUUUAUUACCAUAUGUAUUCAUUUCAAUUUCAAUGAAAUGAUCAGUUUUAAAAAAAGACUACCUGUCAUUAUGAGAAGCUACCUAUUCCAGGGCCCCCUUCUUACCCUAGGUGUCCCAGUACAGUGACUCUACUUUCUACGGCAGGGAAAACAACUUCUUAUAGAAGGGUUGCUGUGUGUUGAGUAGAGCAACAGCUGACAUUCCAGUUCAUUUUUUACCCCAAUGAUUGUUUUUCCCUCCAUGCAGUUUGGCGGGAUUUCAGCAGGGCACAGGAGCAGUUGCAUGAUGACACAUGGUGCAUAAAUGUGCGUGCUAGGCUCAGCGUUGAUAGCAGGUGUGCUUGCAUACAGCCCAUGGCAGAGAUACCUGCACUGUUCCCCCUGCACUUCUUGCAAAUACUGAGCGUCCUGUAGAGCAGUGUGCUGCACAUAACAAAUGUUUUCUCAAUUUUAACUUUAUUUGUGCAAUGAAGCAAUAGUUGAAUUUAAAAUAGUUUUAUUGGACAAAUUGAAGCCCAGUUCUUUGAAGUGCAGGGUGCCUUCAGCUGCUGUUACAGAAAAGAUGUGCCUUGAUAUCAGGUGUAGGAAUAGGAAAGGAAUGAUAUGUGGCAAAAUUUUAGUGAGCUGUAUUGCAUGCAGUUAUACUGCCCCCAGAGGGUGGAACAUAGGAAGUACAACUAUGACCCAAGGUUAUUCUUUAAAAGACUGCAGUUGCAGUUGGACAUGAGUGGGCAUUUGCUCUUCAACAAUUUAUUUUUUUGUAGGGUCUGCUUGUUAGAGUAUAGAGCAGCAGUUUCCAAUCUGUGGUACAGGUACCACCAGUGUUAUAAUUACUUUAUAUGACAAAAAUUUAAUGGUGGUACUUGGGUUGAUCUUAAAAAUGUGUUGGUGGUACUUAAGGUUGUAUUGUUUUAAAUUGGUAGUGUGCAAUCUGUCAGAGUUUGGGAACCGCUGGUAUAGAGUACAAUAGGAAUCCUUCGGGCAGUGUUACACAGAAAUCAUCAAUGCUAGGUCAUUUACUCUGCACAAACCUCCUUGUUUUCUAGAAUGCUUCCUUUAAAAAUAUUUAUUAAAGUAUUACACUCAUUGCAUUUAAAAACAGAAAGCUGCGGAGGAAUAUGUUUUAUAAAGGAAGUUCCAGCCCAUUGAGACUGGAACUGGGGAAGUAUGUUUUUUUCUUAUUACACUAAUGUUUUUACAAUAUACUCCUUGGCUAGAGCGCAGUUCUGCUUUCUGAUAUACGUCAUCCUUUUCACUGGCAACUGUGAGUUGUGGGGGCAGGAUUUGGUCUUUAUGUGUGUGAUAGUCUUCUGGAUUAUCCUUGGGCCUUCAUUGUAAAGCUUAAUAUAGUUUAAAAUCAAAUUGCAGCAGGACUAUCACAUAAAAAUCUAUUUAUCAUAAUUUAUAGAUGAAAGGGAACACAGGAAUAAGAAAAACUCAAGACACUUUCUUUUGUAUAGUUACUUCACUUUUAAAUUUACAGAUGCACUACAAGAACCUAGGCAGACUAGGUUCUUUGAGUUAAUCUGAUGUGUUUUUUAGACUAAUUUAAAUAGUUGGAAAACAAAUUUUUAAGCAAGCUUUCAGGUUCAAAAACCCUUCAUCAGGCUGAGACAAAGAAAGAACCUUGUCUGCCUAUGUCCUUAGAUUAACACGGCUACAAGAACCUGUUUUUUUCAGGGAAUCCUAUCUUCAGCUGCUGGUGUUUCAAGAGUGAAGCUAUAGAAGACUAAGUUUUACAGAGAUCUUCCAGGCCAAGCUAAACUUUAACAUCUUUAACUCGGAACUAAAUUUAAAAUGUUGCAUGCAUUAAAAAGCAUGGUGCUCAGGUAUUCCCCACAUUCUUCUCAAUACUGUACAAAUAAUUCACAUAACUCAGGGCUACCUUGAAGUGGGCUGAGCCUUGAGUAUGUUAAAGGACACAGCCUGUUUGGAGUGUCUCUUUAGAAUGAAAAUUUUAAUUGGUUAUUUUUUAAUUUAUUUUAAUCCCCAUCAAGUGUCGGGACAGGCUGAUGCUUGUAGUUAAAAAAUACAGUUAAGAACAAAGAUAAAGCCUGAUUUAUACCCUGAGAACAGUGUGCUCCCAAACUUUUUAUUUGUUUAGGUACUCUGUGAAAUGGGAAAUUUGGACCCCAGAGCCUAACUUCACAGUACGUGUCUAUUGAUCCCGCCAUUAUUUGCUCUUAAGUGCUUUCCUUUGGUAAGUCUCGUAGGUCUCUGCAGCAGUAAGGCGGCCUGCCUCAGGACACUCCUGUGAAUUAGGUAUCUGUGUUUUCAUGUUCCAUAUUCAUUGGUAUUUCCCUAUCAUCAUGUCUAAGUUUUUUUUUUACAGCAGCCCAUGGCAUUAUCUUCCUAGUGGAAAUAAUACCUACCUCUUAAGACUUGUGUGGCACAUGGGGUCUAAUCUCACAUUAGUUAUACUAAUUAUAACCCCAUUAAAAUCAAAUGAUCUGCUGGCAUCAAUUAAAGGACAUUUCCAUUGGCAUCAGUGGUAUUUUGGCUAUUUAUAUCAGCCAAAAAUUUGAAGCAGCAUGGUUGUCAUUGAAUCUGACUAUAAUGUAAAAAGAUGUUUUAUUCUCUUUCCUUGAAAUCUUAUGUAUAAAAGGAGCUACAUUUCUGAUAUAGAUAAUACUACUGAACCAGUGGCUGCAAUUGUUAAGAAAAGGAGAUAAAACAAAGUACAGUCCUUUAACUGUUCGAGUAUACAAUACAGGGAACAUCUCUUGCAGUUACCAUUCCAAUAGUUGAAUGAUAUUGUUAAAAUAUAGAACCUUGGGGUUUAUUGGAGAAACUUGGGUUGGCAAUGAAUCCAACUCAUUUGACAGAGUGGGCCCAAGGGUGAGUUAAAUAUUUCAGUAACCUGCACUAGUUGUAAAACUAGAGGGGAUUUAACAUUGUUUUCCUUUUUAAAAACCUUGCUGUUUUCAUGCUGAUCUGCUAAGACAGUGAGAGCUGGUGUUGGAACAUGAGGGCCAGAACUGGGAAGGGAAAGCUGGGCACACACUCUCUUUUAGACAGAUUGUCUCUGAUGAGACAAGAAGUGGGUACCCAUGAGAACUCUUCUUUUCACUUUCUCAGUUCUGAGAAUCUUUGACUGAACUCCUGGAAGUACCCAUAUUCAUGGAACUAAGUUGUGGCAUGAUUCCAGCAACCGUGAUAGAACUGGAUGUUGUUGCUGCUUUUGUCACAUGCUCCAUUACAGUUGUCAUGUAGGAAACCCAUGUAUGAUUCAGUCUCCUGAGAGGGAUGGCCUGCAUCUUCCUGUGCUAGAUUCGGCGGGUGCUGCGUAGAAUAAUUGGAAAGUUAGGAAAACUAAGAGUGUCUGAUGCAGUUUGCCCUCUAGGAAUUCAAAGAAACUACAGGAAUCACUUGCAUAUAAAAUACUUUUUCUUACUAGCAAAAUUGGCAUUGCAACUUGCUAAAAUUAAAAAAAUUAAAACAUUUCAUAAUGUCUAGUGCUUUCCUUCCAAGUUUUCCCAUAUCUUAUGUUUGCCUUUGCUAAAUCUGUCUUUUUGGCAAGUAGCUUGCUUUACUGUAUAGAUAGACCUAAAUCCUACAUUUUAACAGGCAGGAAGGCAUACCUUGUAAUCCAAAUCUCAGUUUCAGUACUGAUUCUACUACUGUAAUGGAUCAAACCAGAACAGAGCACACCUGCAUCACGCAUCUUGGCAUUUAAAAUGCAUAACUGGAAUUUUUCAGCUCAGGCCAAUUCCUCCUCUAAAACUAGUGAUUUAUUGGCUGCUCGUGGUUCUUCUGAGUAGCUUUUGACAUAGAGGGGUGGAACUUGCCAAGUGGUUAGAGUUGUCACUUAAGUGUGAAUUGAAGGCAGUCAUAACCUAGUGUAAGAUGGCUUGCAGGUGUAUGGUGAGGAUGUUCAACAUGACUGGGUGGCAUUUCUGUCUCCCUAGUUCUCAAAUAGUAUAUUACAAUGCUGAAUUGAAAUGAAGCUUAAUUUAUUAGAGCAGCAGUUCCCAACCCUGGGUCGUGACAAAAUGAGGGUCGCAGGAGCAAUGCCAACGGUGCUGCAUGGAAAAAACAAGCCGUGCCACAUGCUGGGAGCUCCCUUGCCCCUGCCCCUGGGUCACUGCCACUGCCACACUGAGCUCCCAGCAGUAGGUUGUGGGGGGGAAAAAAGGUUGGGAACCACUGUACUAGAGGCUAACUUCAAUAUAGGCACAACUAUUUGAUGCCAUGAUAUAUAAUGUCUCGCAUCUGGAGAAAUAUGUAUUGACAGGAACAUAUCUUACAGCCUGAUGUUCUGAAAUUCUGGACUACCAAUCCAGAGGUCUGGUGCUACCGUGCUCAAAUACAAACAAGAGACUAUAGUAAUGUUUACAGUAUUUAUAGUAUACUCAACCUGUCUAGUAUUUUUUGUAAUAGCACAAUGAAUCUAACCAUCAUCUUUUAGGGAGGGCUGUUUUUUAAGUAGAAAGUUUCACUCAAGUGUUUUCAAAUGCUGUUCCUUACCAUGUAGCUAUUAUCAUUAAAUACAUUUGACCUUUGGCAUUUCUUUAUCAACUGUUAUCAUUUGAACUCAAGGAGUGGAUGGAGUCUAUCAAGUUUACAAAUGUCAUUUAAAAAAAAAAAGGUAACUGCUCUCGUAAAUAUUUAAAUUAUUGUUAAAUAUUGGUGCCUUUUAAAAAAUGAUAUAGUGGUUAACAAUAGACAAGAUGUGCCUAUAAUUGUAUUUAAAUAAAAUCAAUUUAUUCAUCUA